AUGCACACCCACAGUACAAUGACCAGUUCUCAGGAGCCCCUGAGCUGGUCUUCCUCUACGACUGUGAUCGCCAAGACCCUCAAUGAAGAUAAAGAUUUCACUAGGAUGCAUGGAGAACAUAUACCCAGUGGUCUCCAUCCUUCAUCUGAGAUCAUAGAAGACGUACGAGACAAGGGCUUACUUCAUAGCAAUGCAUCAGAGAACAUGAGCAGUCCAGUUGCCACAACAGUAUUGACCAGUGUAAGUGAGGAUUCCAGGGACCAAUUUGAAAACAGCGUGCUACAGUUAACGGAACAGGAUGAAUUGGAAACUACUGUUCAUCAGGGCACCAAUGAUAAUAUACCUGGAGAGACCAACAAUGGAACAGAAGAUAUCAAGAUCCAGUUCAACAGAUCAAGUAGUGGAAAUGGUGGAUUUCUUGAAGGACUCUUUGGUUGUUUGAAGCCUGUAUGGAAUAUUAUAGGGAAAGCUUACUCCACUGACUACAAGCUGCAGCAACAAGGUAAACCUAAAAAGUCAAACCAUGUAUUUUUGUGGCUUUAAAAAUGUUCUCAGAUAUAAAGGAGGGGAAAGUAUAGCCUCCAGAGUGUCAUAAAAUUGCAGUAGCCUCAAUCUCAUCUAUUUGAAUUUAUGGAUCAAUGUUUCCUAUCUGACUCACCAGUCCUUUUUUUCGAGAAAAAUAGGUGCCAGUACUCACCAUGAAGUUGUUAACACUAAGUGUCACACUUUUUAACAAAAAGAAAAGAGGUGCCGAUACUGUGGACCCUUGAGUACCCCCUGAAAAAAGCACUGCCUCUCACCUUUCAGAAUGUCUAAAAAUAAGGCAGUCCCGAAACCAAAUAGCGAUUUCUGCUAUUCUGUGUUGCUUCUCGUAUUGGGUCAUUUAUUGGACACCUGGAACAGUGGUGUAGGGUUGGUUGUCGAUGCCCAGGGUGGGUGAGCUGGGCAGGCGCCAGCCCUUGCCACUGCCACAACCCCACCCCCACCAGAGCAAAGCGGGGCCGUGCUGAGUCGCCUGCCCACCUGUGCAGGGGGAGAUUGACUGAUCGACACUGCCCUUGGUGGGCGGAGAGGAGUGCCAGGCUGGGCUGCACUGGGGUUGCUUGCAUGGUUUGCGCCCCCACAUAAAUUGUGCGCCCAGGGCCAUGGCCCCCCAGCACCGCCUACACUAUGCCCCUGAUCUGGGCUAUUAUUUUUCUACCCUGGGAUGGGAGGGGGGAUGUGGGGAUGACUGCAAGCAAAAUCUCUUCCUAGGUGUGGCAAGAUCAUAUUCUUAGUUGCUCUUAAUAAUCUUUAAAGCAGGGAUCCUCAAACCAGAUCAAGAAACAAAUAGUCUGAGCUCCUUAAAAUGUGAUUAAAGCAAAACAAAUGUGCAUUUGUUAUGCAUGGAAAAGCUGUGCUUGUGGGGCUGAUUUGUGGGGAAGAGCUUCAUGUACAGUGGGAAUGAAUACUCAGAGCUUCUUUCAUUAAAUGAAUGGGGCCCCUCCUGUUUGUACAGAGCUGAAGUUGACAAUCACUUGUGCUUUCAAAUGUUUGGUGCCCCUUGUAGCAUCACCCCUGAGCACCAAAGGCAGUUUCAGAGUCAGAUAUCCCUUACUUUACUGAUUUCCUGUCUGGAAGCACUUCCGGUCCAAAGCACCUCUAUAAGUAGAACAUUUGGGAUAUUUAGGUUGAAGAGAUACAGUGUUUGUCCUUCUAUCUCAGUAUCUUUAUUAUGGGAAUGCUCACCUAGUUAUUUCCUGGGAAGCUUAACAGCUAAUGAAAGCACUAGUGCUUUUUUUCCUUUUAAAAUACAAUAUUAUCUAGAUGUGAGCAUUUUGCAGGCUAGCAAAGUUCUACAGGGCAUCAGACUACAAAGGCACUAACUGGUUGAUUACUCGAAGGCUUGACAAAAUGUAGCUAUAGCAGUCAGAAUAACAAUGCUUGUUUCUUAUCAGAUACAUGGGAAGUUCCUUUUGAGGAGAUUUCUGAACUUCAGUGGUUGGGCAGUGGAGCGCAGGGAGCUGUUUUCUUAGGGAAAUUCAGAGCAGAGGAGGUGGCCAUCAAGAAAGUGAGAGAACAGAGUGAAACGGAUAUCAAGCACUUGAGGAAGUUGAAGCAUCCCAACAUCAUUGCUUUCAAGUAGGUCAUACUUUGAUUAUCUUGACUCUACAAUAAUGUUGUUUUUUUGGACUCAUAUGCUAUAUGUCUUCAUGUUCUGCUAAACUGUGUUGUGGGUGGCACUGUGGUCUAAACCACUGAGCCUCUUGGGCUCCCAAUUGAAAGGUUGGAGGUUUGAAUCUGUGCAACGGAGUGAGCUGCCCCAGCUUUUGCCAACCUAGCAGUUCAAAAGCAUACCAGUGCAAGUAGAUAAAUAGGUACCGCUGUGGUGGGAAAGUAAAUGGCCUUUCUGUGUGCUCUGGCACUCAUUGCAGUGUCCCGUUGUGCCAGAAGCAGUUUAGUCAUGCUGGCUACAUGACCUGUCUUUGGACAGACACUGGCUCCCUUAGCCUGAAAAACGAGAUGAGCGCUGCACCCCAUAGUCACCUUUAACUUAACCGUCAGUGGUCCUUUACCUUUUACGUUUACCUUAAACUGUGUUCAGGUUACAAUGGUCUUCUUCUGUCCUCUAAACAGUAGUUCUAGCUGGAAAAUCUCAACUUCAAGGUUAUUUCUUUAGCCAUGCCUGCUGAUGGUAAAACAGAAUCCUUAUAUUAAUUGACUAUCCUCAGAUGAUCAGAUAUUGGUGAGUGAACAAGCCGGCAAGUGUCACUUAAUAGUUGCUUCCUUUUGUAGUUUCCAAACAAACCAGGAUAUUAAACCAGCUUUAAACUCAGGCUUCAUAUCCUUGCUUGUUUGGAAGCCAUUAGCCAUAGUUUCCCAGUAUAUAAAUGGAAACCGUAGUAAACUGAAACUUCCUGGCUUGUUUCCAGUUCAUAUGAAGGGAGGAACAAAGUUGCUGUUUAUGGAUGCAUGGUACAGUGGUAACUCUGGUUGCAGACGGGAUCCGUUCUGGAGGUCCGUCCGGAUCCCUAGGUUUUUGCAACCAGAGAGACCACUUCUGCGCAUGUACGUGUGGCAAAAACCCAGAAAUAUACUUGUGGUUUUGCCGGUUACGUAUCCCAAAGUUUACGUAACUGGAGGGAUACGUAAGCAGAGGUAUGACUGUAGUUGGAUAACAUGCUUUGUAUUCUGUGGAAGCCUGAGUUCUUCCCAAUCUAUUAUUGCAGCAGUUUUAAAAAUUUUAUUUCCCACUCCUUUCUUUGUGAAAACUUUAUUGUUAUGUGUGGAAAGAGUUUUAAUGUGAGUUAAUUCAGCAGCAUUUCAUCCUCCUUAUUCUGCCCCAAGACCCUGAAUAAUAAUCAACGCUACCUCAUGAAAUUCAAUUUUAGAAUGAAAAAGAAUGUUUAGAAUGAAAUAGCUCUGGGAAGACUUUUAAUUAUUCCACUUACUAUUCUGGUACAUAUAUGACCAAUUAAUUGGUGGAUAAAGUGAAAAUAAUGUGAAUUUAUUUGAAGGAUAGAAUAUGAAUAUGAAUAAAUUAAAAGGAGGAGUGAUUUGGUCUCAAGGUGAGAAGUACUUUUACUGUCCAGGAGAAUUAGCAAUGGACAGCACUUUUCAUUUUGUUUCACUUGCAUGUUCUCAUUAUUAUAAAUGUUGUUGUUGUUUUUAAUCUAUAGUUCUUUUUUAUGCCAGGGGCGUUUGUACUCAGGCACCGUGCUACUGUAUAAUAAUGGAGUACUGUGCUCAUGGACAGCUGUAUGAAGUGUUGCGAGCCGGUAGGAAGGUCACACCUCGCCUGCUUGUGGACUGGUCAACAGGGAUUGCUAGUGGAAUGAACUAUUUACAUCUUCAUAAAAUAAUCCACAGAGACCUCAAGUCGCCCAAGUGAGUUGUUAGCAUGUGGGGAGUGUAAGACAGAAAAUGAGAUUUGACCUAAAUUGUGGUUGUGAGUUGGAAUUACAUUCAAACUUUAUUCCCCAUUUUUCCUUUUUUUUUCUUUUCAGUGUAUUAGUUACUCACAAUGAUACAGUAAAAAUUUCAGAUUUUGGUACUUCUAAAGAACUCAGCGAUAAGAGUACAAAAAUGUCCUUUGCAGGGACUGUAGCUUGGAUGGCGCCGGAGGUGAUUCGCAAUGAACCUGUCUCUGAAAAGGUGGAUAUUUGGUGAGUAAUGCAUUAAUAAGUACUUGUCAGUUUCAGUGUUUCCAACAGAACUUCUGAGACAAACUAUGUUCUCAUGACUUAGCAUCACUAGCAGCUUUGCUUUAGAAGAUCUGAGCCUUAACCCCCUUGUUAUAUACAGUUUUCUGAUUUUUAUCUCUCUCAUUUUCUAUCAGGUCAUUUGGAGUAGUAUUGUGGGAGCUUCUCACUGGAGAGAUUCCAUAUAAGGAUGUUGACUCCUCAGCUAUCAUCUGGGGGGUAGGCAGUAAUAGCUUGCACCUUCCUGUGCCCUCCACUUGCCCAGAUGGAUUCAAGAUCCUUAUGAAGCAAACAUGGUAAGGGUUGUUCUGUCCACACCUGUGCCCAGCUGGUAUUGUGCACACCCCCCUUCCACCCCCAGUACAAAAACGCCACAGUAUGCCCACAAAAUGAGAGUGAAGGAUGAGAUCUCUGUCUGCACUGACUAGCAUUAACACUGUGAUACCACAGUCCGUUCUUUUGUAAAGCACAGUUUAGAAUAAUACAUUGGCUUGGGGAAAAACAACUUCUUCAAGUGUAUGAACUGAUACAAAUGCAUUAUGAUUGCCGCAGACAGUAAGGUAAUAAGUAGAAGCCAUGCCUGCAAAGGAAGAAUGGGGAUACACUUUGAAUACGCACCUAAUACUUCCUUUGUGACCAUAAUUCAGCACUUUUUUGAAUUUGGUGCCCUUUUCUUUUCCCACCAUAAUUGUUCCAGUAGCUGGAAAGGAAGGGAUGAGAAAGGAGAAUAAGUAAAGAUGCUUCUGAAAUGGAUGCGUGGAAAAUAACAAAGUGAGAGGAUAUAGUGUUCAUAUCUAGCUAAUCUUUCUACAUUAGUGUUACAUUGAGGGUUUGGUUUGCCUUGCCAGAUACGGGAGAGGGAAUAAGGAAACUGACAUUUAUGUAUUCCUGAUUGCUGCCUCCUUUGUUUUUCUUUAGGGGGUGGUGGUAUUCUAAUAGGCAGUGAGAAAGGCCUAUUUCAAAUGAAACCAUCAGUUAAAAUAUUCCAAAUUGUUUCUUAAUUAUGUUUGGAUGGUCUCUCCUGUCUGUUUUUCUUUAAUUUGUCAGGCAAAGCAAGCCCCGGAAUCGGCCCUCUUUUCGACAGACGCUUAUGCACCUUGACAUUGCAUCUGCUGAUGUGUUGGGUACCCCUCAAGAGACUUAUUUCAAGUCUCAGGUAAAUCUAUUUUUUUUUUCUAGCACCAGACUGUAUCGUUGGCUUGCUAUGUGUUCUUUAAUAAGACUUAUAUGUUAGGAAUAGGAAGAGAAAAGCACAGGCAUUCAUUUAUGUUCCCAUAAUGCACCCCAAAGCGAUUUACAAUAUAAUAACAUAAUUGUAAAUAAAAAGCAGUAAAUAAAAAGCAACGGCACAUACAUAAAAUUAAUUCCAUUCCAAGCUAGAUACCAGCUGGGAUGAAGGUUUUAAAAGGCUUGUUGAAAGAGCAAUAUAUUUGGCCGGCAUCUAGAAGAUAAAAUAGAAGAAUCCUGUGUGAUAUACAAUAAGACAGAGUUCCAAAUGGUAGGUGCUGUCACACAAAAGACCUGAUUCCAACAUUGUGCAGAAUGGACCUCCUGAUAGGAUGGUGUCUGCAGGGUGCAGAUUUUGUUCCAGUGAAGUAUUAAAGUAAAGCAUUUUACUGACGUGAUCAAGAUUUCUACGCUGUAUUUUAGUGCAAAUCCAUAGGAAUUGUGGUAUGAAAUCUAAAGCCAAAUAAAUAGUUAUUAUAUUUUCUUGAGUAUUGCAUACUCUCCAUGUCGUCUUGGGCCUGAAAAGCAGUUGGCUACAGAUUUGAGAAGAAAUGAGCUGUUCAUAGGUUUGAAAUGGCAAUCAGUUUUAUAGGCUAGGAGAGAUUUGCAAUACACGCCUGUACUUAAUGUUAGAAUUUCAGCUAAAAAGAUGAGUCCCUGGUCAAGCCUGGUGAUCAGAUAGCUUUGCAGCCUCCUACUACAAAAGUACUAUUGGAAUAAAGAAGCUUGGGUUUCUUGUUUAAUAUGUUAAAGUAGUGCAACCCUUUAUUGUGCAGUUGUCACUGCCAUGAGUUAUGCUGUGUAUCCAUCUAAAUUGCUUUGGCAGGCUGAAUGGAGAGAAGAAGUGAAGAAGCACUUUGAGAAGAUUAAAAGUGAAGGAACUUGCAUACACCGGUUAGAUGAAGAACUUAUUCGUCGCAGAAGAGAAGAACUCAGGUCUGUUGACUUUCAGUGCGUGAGAAGAGCUUUGCUAAUUCAGAUCAAUUAACUAUCCUGUUUCCACCAAGAGACUGCCAGAUAUUUCUGGGAAGAAUGCAAACAGGACAUUCAGACUGCCUCUGACCCUGGAUGUUCUAUUUAGCUAUCAUAGCUAAUAGCUGUCAAUAGUUUUAUCUGUCAGUAAUUUGUCUAAUUUCUUUUUAAGGAGAUAAGCAUCCUGUUGCAGGAAAUUCCUUAUGUUAACUAUGCACAGCAUAAAGAGAUAACAUUUGUUUGUUUGUUUGUCCUGAAUUUACUGCCAAUCUCUUAUCCUGGGUGACCCUGAAUUAUGGGAGAAGGAUCUUAACAGAGUUCUCUUUAGUGAGUGCUUCAUUCAUAUCUAAACUCUGAUUUUGGUUUUAUUACAUUCAGAUACUUUCAUCAUUUGCUUAUCUUGGAAGUGGUAGAUGAGAUGUUUAAUUGAGAAUAAUUCCGCAUAAGUACAUCUAUUAAGCUUCCCUUUUGCCUGUACAAAUUGUCCCUUACAGGAAAAGCCACUCACCUGUAGCUCUCCUUUCUUUUUCAUAGGCAUGCCUUGGACAUUCGUGAACAUUAUGAGAGAAAACUGGAGAGAGCCAAUAAUUUGUACAUGGAGCUCAGUGCUAUCAUGUUACAGCUGGAGGUUCGAGAAAAGGAGCUCAUCAAGUACGCUUAUCCACAUAGAUGUACCUUGUAGCCAUGCAGAUGACAUAAUUAGAAGCAGGGAUUCAUAGGUUUUUCGAUUGUUCUAGAUUAAAAAGAGUGUUCUCUUUGUGUUUCCCUUAUAGUGCAAGAGAACAAUCACCAUUCCUUAGUAUUAACUUUUUCCAUGGAUCUGCUCCAGACACUUCUUUUUCUAAUCAAGAUUGUGGUGGGGAAAGCUUCUUAUUUUAGAACACAACACUUCUAUUGCACAUCCAUGUUUUUUAAUCUUGAUAUGAAACACAACCAGCACUUAUGGUUGCAUUAGUUGUUGCCUAGAUCAGCAUACUCCAACCUCUUCAGAUGCAGACCUACCUUUAACCUAAACACACCAAUUUUGUUUACCAUAUUUUUUUUGGGUGGUAGUGCUGCUGUUAUUGCUUCCUUUAGAUCAGGCUCUACCUAGUAUUGGGUCCCAUCUCCCCAGUUUAAGACAGUGGCCUAGAGAAUAACUAGGUUUCUCCCCAAAAAUGCUGACAUGAGCACUUGCGUGGACAACAGUUUGUAAUAUUAAUUUAUUAUUCUUUUGACUUGGGGAAAUUGCAAAUAUUCUAAAAAAAAUCAUUUUAUAAUGAAAAGAUUACAAAUUUCAUUUUUAAUCCAUGUGCAGGCGGGAGCAAGCUGUGGAAAAGAAAUAUCCUGGGACUUACAAGCGUCACCCAGUCCGACCAAUAAUCCAUGCCAAUGCAAUGGAAAAAUUGAUGAAGAGGAGAGGAGUCUCGCACAAGCCUGGAGGCCAGACUAAACGGUGAGCCAAAUAACAAAAACAUGUUCAAAGGCUUUUCACAAUGAUGUGCAUAUAUCUACAAAAUGAGGAAGCUACAUCUGCUAGGGUCAGCAUCCAUUAUUGCACAAAAUGACUGAUUAUUCAAGUGGCACUAACAAAUCUUCUGGUGUGUAGCAUCCUUGAAUUAGACAUUAAUCUAUAAGAUGGGAUAUGUGUGUCCUAGAUUAUGAUCACCAAUAACAUGGAUGUUUUAGUAAUGUAGAGCAGAUGCAAUUUAAGAGCGGAAUGUUGGACCAAACAGUUUUAUCAGUGGUCAUUUAGGAAUCUCAGAGUACCCAAUGCAGCUUUUAUAUCAGAGAGUGAUUAGCAAAAUGGUCAUCUGAUAUUUGGUCUGGAUUAAAUGUACUAAGGGGUUAUCUAGACAGCUUUAAUUCUGGAGUUUGGUUGUGGCAUUUCAGCAUUUUUGCUCCUUGCCUUUUAGAAUGAGGAGUUCUUCAGUAUGUACUGAUCUGUUGAUAGUGGGUAGUAUGGAACCACCACAGAUCUGAGAAGUAAAUGCCUACAAAUCACAGCUGGGCUUUUGUAGCCAAGCAUUUUUUAAAACCAGUGCUUUAGCAUAAUGCUACAGCUAAUUCACAUUGCUGAAAACCUGUUGUUGCAAACUGGUAGUCAUAUUAGUAAUUAUAGGAUUUAUUCUAUGUUCACCUGAAUUAUUAAGCAAGUAAGAUGGGGUGGGAAUGCAGGUCUAAUUUUCUUUUUUUAAGGCAAAAAGUCAAGAAGCCCACUGGAUGUAUGAAGCCUUUGCUUCACCUCAGUGCUUCCUUUGGUACCCGCCAAUUCUGAAUUUUAUUUUUAGUUUACCCUAUGUGACCUAUAACAAAGCCUGUGUUAUUUCAAUGUCAUCUGUCAAUAGGCAUGUUGACAAAAAAUGAAGGAAAUAGUGGAAGCUUGCAUAUGUUAAUUCUAAUAGAGAGCAUGCUGGUUUUUGCAUCAUUUCUCAGGCCUGACUUGCUGAAGACGGAUGGCAUAUCCAGCACUGAAGUGGCUCCUAGUGGCUCUCCUCUUUCAGGAAGUCCAAAGAUGUCAACCCUCAGUAACAAAGGACGUUACCGUAGCAAACCACGCCACCGGCGAGGAAACAGCAAAGGCAGCUACAAUGAUUUCACAGGGAUCUUGAAAAAUCAGUCAGCUCAAGAUGACUUGGCCCAUCCAUCGCACCAUCAUCAGCACCACCCUCAUCAUCAUGGGCAUCACCCCCGAAUGAACAUCCAUGGGCAGGACAUAGCCAACUGUGCUAACAACCUUCGAUAUUUUGGCCCUGCUGCAGCCCUACGCAGUCCUCUUAGUAAUCACGCCCAAAGGAGGAUGUCUGGUUCUAGUCCUGACCUUAUCUCUGCUGCUAUGGAAGCUGAUUCACGGAGAAAUCUGGAGGAGAACGAGAAUGGGGAGGGCGAGGCUAAUCAUUGGGAAUGUUGUAAAGGAGAUACAUACAACCUUUGCCCGCAGUGCAGGAUGGGGACAAAUACUGCAAAUCAAGGACAGUCACUUGAGCCAGGGCUGGAGAAGUCUGAAGCCCCAUUGCAUGCAAAUAAGCAAUUUCCUGGAAAUAAUGAGGAAGGUGAAUUCAGCAGCCACAGAUCAGUGUCUUCUCUUGGCUCAUCUCAUCCUGCAAGUACUCCAGGACUCCCGGGUAAAACACGGCCCAUCCCAAAGGUAAGAUCCCUCCAACCAUCCUGGAAGCAAUGGACAGAUUUACAUUUUGCUGUUUUCUCAUGCACCCUAAAUUUCUUAGUUCUUUCUGUAGACUACCUUUGGAGACUUCCGUUCAUGAAAGUUGCUCAGGUGGCUGUAUGCUUGUAAAUAAGUGGCAAAUAACAUUGCCUUUAAUCUUCUACUAGAGUGGAGAUGACUCUUCAGAAGAAGAAGAAGGGGAAGUAGAUAGUGAAGUGGAAUUCCCACGGAGACAGAGGUAGGACACUGAACUGCUCUAUUUUUAUCGUGAUUGCUAAACAAAGGUUUGGUUUAACAAAAGGAUGGGGAGUUAAAAUUUUGGUGGGAUGAGGAAGGGUUAAUGGUUGGGUAAUGUUCAUGAGCUAUGACAAAGGCAGGAGAGCAGAAUUCUGGGAGGUGGAGAUAAUCUCAGUUUUUUCUCCUGCCUUGGCGAAUAUGUCAGUUAAGUGUUUUUUCUUCCCAUUUUCUUUUCUAUUCUGUCCUUCUGUGUUUGCUUGUGUGUGCUUAUUGUGAUCUGAUUGUUUUUGUCGUGAACAUUACCCCCCAAUGAACCCUUCCUUAUCCACCAAAUCUACACGUCAGGUAAGACCAAUCGUCCUUUUCAUUGUAACAUGAUGAGAACUUAAGAGGGGUGACUGUAACAUUAUUUGUUAUCCAGGUUCUUUGAACAGGGAAACUACCAGAAAAAAAUAGCAUAAAAACCCAUGUCACAUUUAUACUGAAAAUGUCUAGAUCUGAUCAUGAUAAUCAUGAGAUGCUGCUUCUAAUGUGUUUUCCCCGCAGUACAUUUUUUCUGGUAUGCAAAAGCACAAGAGACUUAUCUACAAAAAUCUGGAAAAACUGCUAGCACAAUUAGUCAUGAUUCUUUCCUACAUAAAAGGCAUACACUACUUGCUUUUGGAAAGUAGGCAGGUUCUAUGAUCUAUGAUUAAAAAUGAUUUUUUUUGUAUAUUUGUUUUUGACAUUUGUAGUCUGCUUUUAAGUUUAAAGAAAUUCCCAAAUGAGGUAGCAAAGAAUAAAAACCUUCCAAACAGGUGUGUGUGUGGGGGGGAGACUUUAAAAGCCUAUGAAAAUUAAAAGGUUUUUGCCUGGUGCUAAAACAACAUUAAAGUAAGAAAGAAAAGAAUAAAAACAACAAUAUCUAAAAACAAUACCUCCCUGAAUGGUUAAAAAAUAAAUAAAACAGCUAAAAGUAUAAAACUGCAGAAUAAAAUCAUUCAGUAGUAAAACUUCUUCCAUAUUAAAACCAAUUUGCUUCAUUUCAAAAGUUAGACCUGAGCCAGAUUGCAAUGGAUCUAGAUAAUCAGUAUCGUCUCAGGCUGUUUGGAGUUGAACAGCCACUACUCCCUCAAACAUCUUGCCAAAAUAGUUAUUUUCUGGACUGUGCCAGGAUGUGUUCUGGGAAGAGGAGGGAGAAUUCCUUAAUUAAUUGGUUAAAUGUAGAUAUGGUUAAGUAGGGUUGAGAUAAAUUUCCAUUCAUCCUUGAUAUUAUGGAAUUUGCUGGUGAUCAAGGCUCUAUAAUUAUGUGCUCUGCAAGGUACUUCCUUUUGUCAGUCCUAAAUCUUCCAACAUUCAGCUUCAUUGGAUUACUGAAGUUCCAGUGUUAUGAAAGAGGGGAGAAAACGUCAUCCACUUUCUACGUUCCAUGUAUAAUUUUAUAUACUUUUAUCAUGUCCUUUCUUGCUCGCCUUUUCUCUAAACUGAAAGGUUCCCUAAUGUAACUUUUCUUCCAAGGGGAGUUGCUCCAUUCUUCUAGUCAUUUUGGCUACCUUUUUCUGAACCCCUUCUAGCUGUACCAUUCCUGGUGAGAUCACCAGAACUGUAUACACCAGAACUGUAUUCCAAAUGAAGUCACAACAAAGAUCUGUAUAAUAACAUUGUGAUAUUGUCAGUUUUAUUAUCAAUCCCUAGGGAUCCCUACCAUUUUUCACAGCUGUUGCACAUGGGGUGACCUCUUCAUCAAGCUGCCCCCUACAACUCCAAGGUCCCAUUUUUGGUGAAGUCACCAACUGUUCAGACCCUAUGAGAAUAUAUUUAAAUUUUUUUGGGGGGGGGAAUUGUCCCAAUUCUAGCGUACAUUGAAUUGCAUUUGCCAUUUUAUUGGCAAUUCUCUGAGUUUGGAGAGAUCCUUUUGGAGCAUUUCACAAUCCCUUUUUGUUUUAACCUCUCUGAGCAAUUUGGUAUUAUCUGCAAACUUGGCAACUUUACUCCUCACUCUUAAUUCUAGAUCUUUUAUGAAUAAGUUAAAAAGCACAGAUCCCAAUAUCGAUUCUUGGGGGACUCCACCAUUUUUAUCCCUCCAUUGGGAGAAUUCUCUGCUUCCUGUUACUUAACCAGUUCUGAUACACAAGAGAACCUCUCCUCUUAUCCCAUGACUUCUAAGCUUACUCAAGAAUUUUUGGUGAGGUACUUUGUCAAAAGCUUUUUGAAAGUCCAGGUAUGCUAUAUCUCAACUGGACCUCUCUAUCUAUAUGCUGCUUGACACGCUCAUAGAACUUUAACAGAUUAGUGAGACAGGACUUACCCUUGUAAAAGGCAUGCCGGUUCUGCUUCAGCAAGACUUGUUCUUUUCCAUUCUUGGUAAUUUUAUCUUUAACAGUGUUUUCCAGCAGUUUCCCCAGAAAAUUGGCCUUUAAUUUCCAGUAUCCCCACUGGAUCGCUCUUUAAAAAUUGGUGUUACAUUGGCCACUCCAGUUUUCUGGCAUGGAGGCUGAUCUUAGGAACAAGUUACAUAUUUCCGUUUGAAGUGAUUUCACAUUUGACUUCUUCAAAAACUUUCAGAUGGAUGCCAUUCGACAGUUUUUAUUUUGUGGUUCCAGAAUAGUCAUAAACUAGCACUGUCUGCUCACUUCUGUACAUUGGUUCUUUCUAUUGUAGAGUCUAACUGGAUUUACCUGUAACUGAACCUGAUACCAUUUCUUCCAGGAAAACUCAUAGGGAGCAGAAAAACUUUAGUGAGUGGUGUGGAUGCUUUGCUUUUGGUUGCCCACAGCUUCUCCUCUUUGAAUUGCCCCUUGAGUUUUUACCCAGGGGGUAGGGGAGAAAAGGCUGUUAUAUGCCACCUCCAUCAUUUCUACUUUGAACCAAAGUGAGAGUUCCUACCCUGUUUCUAUCAAAGUGGUGUGGUCAUGUCACCUGUGUGUCCUGGGUUUUUGUACUUCAAGGCAAAGGGCUCUUCAUCUUGGGUUUGAAUGGCCAGGAUUUUUUGGCUGUUUUUUUCUAGUGUGAUGACCAGCAUUGCUUACCUGUCUCUUAGCAUUCUUGAUAAUUUUCACAGGUUUUCUUUUGAUUGCUGAGUCAAGUCUUGGCAAAGGGACAAACUAGAGGUGAUGCUCAAUAUAUUUGUGCCACCGAGAAUAUGUAUUUAUUUAUUUAUCUCUCUCUUUCCCAGAAAGACUAGUGGGGGGGGGAUCUGUCUGUGGAAUCACAACAUUCUACAUUUCUUCAUUGGUUGCCACUGGCAGUGGAUGGGUGGGGGAGAGAAAAAUGUUAUGAUGUUAAGACAUAGUUAAGUUUUACGAAAUGUUAUGGUGUUGGUGAGGUGUUAAAGGCAGAUCAGCUUGUUUGGCCACAAAAUUGCACACCCUUGUUUUACUGUAAAAUAUAUCAGCUCAUAUAAGUACUUUUGGGGAGAAGUAGAAUUCACUUAGUAAGAUGCUUCAGAUCUCCGUCUUCAUUUUGACUAUUAGUUUUAGCUACAUCUCUGCUAAAGUGAUUUUUGCUUUGCAUUAAUGAAACUGUCAUCACCUUGCAGUGCUCUUUAGGGAAUCCUCUCCCACGUUGCCUCCUGUUAGUUUGAAUAAAUUAUUGGUAGUCCCCUCCCCUCCCCAUAGUUCGCUAAAACAAUAUUUUCAGAUCUUAUUGCAUAAGAAAAUGCUGAAUUUGUAACCUGUUUUUCAGUGCCAAAGGCAAUAUAAGACUUAAAAUGACAACAAAAUAGGGCUAAUUUACAUAUAUCAACCUAUUUACAAGGAGAACCAGUAGGCUAAAAUAAGACUCAGCAUGAAUUUUAGGAUUAAGAUAAAAAUAAGAAAUGAAGCCUGAGAUUUAGGCUUUCGUAUUAGAAAUGUUUUUAAUGGAUUUGUCUCUGGUGUCUCAGUACUAUAGUAAUUUUAACCUAACUUAGAGUGCAAUCUAAGAGAGCAUCACAACAGCCUUAUGAUAUACUAGAGGUCUCCCUGUGAUGGCAGCAAGGAGAAGACAAAAAGGGAUAAUUCUGGAGGCAAGUUGACCCUUCACUGGACAUGUCCCUGGACAAUGGGAAGAGUACACCAGCCAUGGGGCUGUUGUACCCAUUUCCUCUUCCAUGAGAACCAAUCAGAGGAAUUUUUCCGUUUAGAAUAAACAUGAGUAAGGGAAGGGGACUUGAUAGGGGUGUAUAAAAUUAUGCAUGGAUAGAGAAGUUCUUCUCCCUCUCUCGUAAUACUAGAACCCGAGGUCAUCCAAUGAAGCUGAAUGUUGGAAGAUUCAGGACAGACAAAAGGAGGUACAGCACUUAAUUAAACUGUGGAAUUCACCAUUACAAGAAACAGCAAUGGCCACCAUUGUGGACAGCCUUGAAAAAGAUUGGGCAAAUUCACAAAGGAUAAGGCUAUCAGUUGCCACUCAUGAUAGCUAUGUACUACCUCAGUAUCAGAGGCAAGAUUUCUUUGAACACCAGUUGCUGGGGGGUCAUGAAUGGGAGAGGGUUAUUGUACUGCUUGUGGGCUUCACAUAAGCAUCUGAUUGGCCACUGUGAGAAUAGGAUUCUGGACUAGGUGGGCCUCUGGUUUGAUCUACCAAGGCUGUUCUUUAUGUAUCUUUAGGAAUGGACUUGGCCUUCUUCUCAUCCUUGUUUGUAAUACCCUGCUCAUUAGAUCAAGUGCUUGCAGCCUUUGAAUCAAAUCAAACCCAUUAAUGUUUUAUGGAUUUGCAGGCCGCAUCGCUGCAUUAGCAGCUGCCAGUCUUACUCGACCUUCAGCUCUGAGAACCUCUCUGUGUCUGAUGGAGAGGAGGGCAAUACCAGUGACCAUUCCAACAGCCCAGACGAGCUGGCCAACAGGCGUAAAGAUCAACGGGCUGAGAAGCUGGAUGAGAUGUUGUCACAGACUCCAGAAAUCCCCAUUGAGAUAUCUACCCAGUCUGAUGGCCUUUCAGAUAAGGAGAGUGCUGUACGCAGGGUGAAAACACAGAUGUCACUUGGCAAGUUAUGUCCAGAGGAACAUGGCUAUGAGGUCAGUAACUCUCUCUUCAUUGCUUGAAGUUAAAAUAUUAAUUAGAUGCUUGGAAACUAGGGCUGUUGAAUAAAUACAUUGCAAGGUUUCCAACUGGAGCUCUGCUAGCCUUUGCUUUCACUAUCAGUUUUUUCUUACAUCAUUCUAUUUUUAUUUGAUGUCCCAUUGUUUUACUUCUCCCCAGUGUUUUAGUUCAUUGAGAAGACAGGAAGCCUUUUCAGGGUUCAGCUGUGCCAUUUCCCUCAAGUGCCAACUUGACAAAUAGCUUAUUUACUCCACACUAAUGAAAGAUUAAAACCAAAGUUAAUCUGUGUGGGAUUGUAUAUUUGCAUGCUUUCCCAUGGGUUUAAAAGAAUUUUUACAGAAACAAAACUAGUACAUCAAGCUUUUGGGGCAAAAUUGCUUUAAAAAUGCAAUUUUUGAGCUAUUUUUUAUGCAAAAACGGCACUGCCGACAUGGGCUACCAUAUGUGCCAAUUUUCACGGACAUUUUCCCGAUUUCUGCCCAGACACUGCUGCCGACUGCAGUAUUUUGAAUAUGUCCGGGAAAAUCCGUACGUAUGGCAACCCUAGUAUAUAAGGACAUGGCCAGAAUCACGUCAGGAAUUUUGUGGCUCAGUAAUCUAUUGCAUGCAUCAGAUUCCGAGAAAACUAAAGGAUGAGCUGCACAUUCAGAUGUGCUUUCGCUUUUUUUUGAGAUGGACCAGGGACGAUUCUGUCUGCAGAUAAAAUGCUAAUAAAUGAUUUUAAAAGUUGUUCCCUUGGAUUUGUGACGCAGAAUCCUGGAGAGUUUGGAGAAUCAGGUGGUGACUCUUCAGAUGCAGAAUGCUCUGAUGCAACAGUGAGGACCAGUAAAGCCUGCAGCUCUGCAACUUGGUAA